AUGAAGCAGGAGGCCGCAAGCCUGAACAUGACGUCCUACUUUGACUAUUACUCGACGCGGUGCCAGCGAUUCUCUCGGGACGGCGGCAUCUACGUCUGCGUGAAGUCACACGAUGCUCUCGUCACUAUCGCCAAACAACGGACCUUGACAGAUGUCACGAGAGACGAAACUCGCUCGUCCCUGGGAUGGGAGUCGAGGACGACGGACACCACCAUCGACUUGUGUGCGAGCCUGCUCCUGAUGGCAGAAGUGGGCGUGCACAAGCUUUGCUUCUCGGGCUCCAACCCCCUGACCUGGUCCGGCCACCAAACACUUCGGCAAACCAUUGAGCGGCAUUUCCAACCCGAAAAGCAGCUUCAGCCAGAUAAUUCCAGGCUGGGAAGACCUUUUACCGCCCGGAACCUCGCAUACGUCGGUAGCAUGAAGAUCAAGUGGACCAGCAACAUUGUCGAUCACCUGCUGCUGUCAGACGACGACCAGACCGUCUUUAUCUUCCAUCAUGCCGGGUUUCUGCGGUACCACCAGUGA